AUGAGUGACAGUUUCGAGCUCAACGAGGUCGUCGACGCCUCCGUCGACACGUCGCUCCAGCGGAAACUUAAGGAUAUUGCCGCCGGCUUCGUCGGUGGCGCCACCCAGGUGUUAAUCGGUCAGCCGUUCGACCUCGUCAAAGUGAGAUUGCAGACGGCCAAGGGCUCCGACCCCCAGUCGAUGGUGGGCAUUGUCAAGCUGGUACUUAAAAAUGAAGGUCCGCUGGCAUUUUAUAAAGGCACAUUGGCUCCGUUAUUCGGAGUGGGAGCGUGUGUGCUGCUUCAGUUCUACGGGUUCCACGAGACUAAGCGCCAGAUUUUAGCUCGCGAAAAGACAUCAGAAUUGGGAUUGUGGCCUCAAACAUACAUCUGCGGUGCCGUCGCUGGUAUCGUCAAUACCCCCGUCGCCGCUCCCGUGGAGCAAUUGAGAAUUUUAAGUCAGGCCGACCUGAAGGCCACCCACACCCUUCUGUCGAUGGUGAAACAAAUAUACAGUCACAGUGGCAUCAAGGGCAUAUAUCGUGGUACUGGUAUCACGUUAGCCCGUGAGAUUCAGGCGUACGGGGUGUGGUUUUUGACAUACGAGACCCUCAUUCGUCAGCUCGUCAACUACCACGGGUACAAGUCACGCGACCAGAUCCAUACCCCGGAAUUGUUGGCGUGCGGCGCCUUGGCAGGCAAUGCCCUCUGGCUUCUGUCGUACCCCUUGGAUGUAAUUAAAUCUAACAUUCAGAGCGACGGCUUCGGUGCUGACUCCAAGUUCAAUGGGAAGGUGUCAGCCGCCACGCGAUACAUCUGGCAAACUUAUGGGAUUAAAGGGUUCUGGAGAGGUUUGAUUCCCUGUUUGACUCGUGCGGUGCCUUGUUCUGCCGGGACAUUUGCUCUGGUUGAAUUAGCUUUGAGGUUGAUGGGUUAA